AUGUCAUCUCCGCGUUCCAAGCGUUAUGUGCGCACUGAGGGACACAUCCAUGUUCCCGGGGUUGGAUGUGGACGGCAGCUUCCGAGUUACCCUGACGGCUGCCGGCGCGGUGUCCAGGGCAGCACCCCGCCCGGUCCCGGCCCCUCCAGCCCCGGGCCCGACCCCUCCUACGCCUCUGCCUCGACGCGAACGCGGAGCCCGAGCGCGCGUCACGCCGUGUGGGGCCGAAGAGGCUGCUACCCAGAGGCGGAGUGCGGGCUCGCGAGGGUCCCCGCCCCACUCUCGCUCCCGCCAGCACCAACGGACUCGCGUCCCCGCCGCGCGCCGACUCGGGAGCAGCACCGCCCCCGGCACAGGAGCCUCACGCGCCUCUUACCUAACAGGAAGUUGGGUGGAAGCAGCGCGGACCCACGGCGCACCGAACGCACUCCAACGGAACCCGACGCAGACACGCGCUUUCAACCGGCGGAGACACCGGCAGGGCCAGAAACGCGCGCAGCGGGUGCGGCAAGUCGGCCCUACGUCUCCGCAAACCCCACGCUUCGGGGUGGCCGCCUCAGACAGGACCCUGAGUCCGAGACUGGGGUAGGGGACCUGCCCGAUCCUGUAACAACCCUCGUGCUUCUGCGCAAUCGCCUCCCACUAGCGGCUGGGGGUAGCUCCUGUUUCCUCAGGCCCAGGGGUCAGCAGAUUAUAAUCCAGAGGCCAAGCCCAGCCUGUCUGCUUUUGUGUAUAAAGUUCUCAUGGAACAGAGCUGUGAGCCUGCCGUGUGUGGUCUACGGCUGCCCCUGGACACAGCUGCGGAGCUGACUCCUGCACAGACCUCGGGGCCCCCAGAGGGAGGCGCCUUCCCUCCAUCAUCCCCACUGAGCACCAGCCGCCACAGCCGCUAAAACCUGCGGAACUCACUCCAUGCCCCUUGUUGGCUUUCUUCACAUAAAGUGGAUAAAACUGGGUGUUUACAGCCUAAAGCAGCCCAUGCCAAGGCACUCCUCAGGGACUGAGCCUUAGUCACAGUCCUUGUGACUACAGCACGUCCAUAGAUGGGAGCUGGCCGAGGGAUCCGUGUGCCUCCAGCUUCUCGGAGCUGGAAAGAAUCCAUACUGGAAAAAUGUUCCUUCAGUGCUCCUCCUUCUGGGAAAAAAAGACGGGGAGCUACAUCAACCUUAAGGGUUCAUGUUGCUUGAAUGUAAGCAUAAUAAAUAUUCAGCAUGUC